CUUAUACUUUUUUCUCCAUUUUCAGUCUUUCGCUCAUUUAUACAACAACAAUCAACAUAAACACGAAAUAAACAACUUUCGUCUUUUUCAAGGUAACAGAAUAAUCAACAAUUAGGAUUCGGUUAUAAAAUCGGUUAUCAAUUGGAAAAGUGUAUUAACCAAAGGAUUACCAAUAUUCUGGAAAUUUAUUUCUUCUUUAUUCUUAAUUCAGUGAUUAACCUUUUCUAUCUAAUUUAAUCUUCAUCUUUAGAUUUGUUUUCUCACAUUUACUUUUCCAUUUGAUUUUCAUCUUAUUCUCAAUCUUCAUCUUCAAAGUGUAGGUUUAAUUUUCUCAAUCUGUCGAUCAUCUGAUCAUUUCAAUUUCUUAUUAACAGUGUGAUUAAAGUUUAGUAAAUUUUGUCACAAUGAAUAAUAAUUUGGAAUCAGUUGAUUUGGAUCAAUCUCCAAUUCAAGAUUUUUAUUCAGGGAGAAAUGUUUUCGUCACCGGUUUCUCAGGUUUCCUUGGAAAGGUCAUUGUGGAGAAAUUAUUACGAAGUGUUGAUGUCAAACGUAUUUAUGUUCUACUUCGGGGUAAACGGGGACUGAGUCCAUCGGAAAGAUUGAAACAAUUGAUGAACAAUCCGCCGUUCACUCUUCAUGAUAAAACUGUUCUUAAUUCAUACAAAGUGGUCGCGAUCGAAGGUGACCUCAGUUUACCCAAUCUAGGAAUUGAUCUUGAAAAUCGUGAAAAAUUGGUCAAGGAAAUCGAUAUUGUCCUUCAUUGUGCCGCUGAUGUGCGUUUCGAUGCUGAUUUAGAAUCAAAUAUCGUUAAUAAUGUCAAAGGAGCUGAAUAUUUGCUCGACUUGUGCCAUCAAUUCAAUAACUUAGCCGCUUUGGUCCAUGUUUCGACGGCUUAUUCGUUUUGUGAUAGACUAAAAAUUGAAGAAAAAGUUUAUCCUAUGGACGCUGAUUACAGCGCUGUAGAAAAAAUUUUAAAAUCUCCCGAUCCUGUUUACAAGAAAAAACAAACUGAGAAUCUAUUAGCUGGACGUCCAAACUCAUAUACUUUUACCAAAGCUUUGAGCGAGGAUUUAGUAACAAAGAAACGGGGCAAAAUCCCCACAUCGAUCGUUAGACCUUCAAUCGUCACCUCAAGUGUUCAAGAACCGGCACCAGGUUGGGUUGACACAAUUCAAGGUCUCCAAGGUAUCGGAUUAGCCGCUCAAAUUGGUCUAUUACAAACCGUUGACUGGAACUACUGGGCCGCUUGUGAUACAAUUGCCGUCGAUAUCUGUGCUAAUUUUAUCAUCGCAAGUGCUUGGUACUCGGCUACAAAAAAGCCAAGUGAGUGUAUGGUCUACAAUUUAACCGCCAGUCCCUAUCACCCUGAUAUGACCUGGGGUGGAAUCUUUGAACUUUGUCGUGAUGCCGCUCAUGUUUAUCCAAGUAAAAAACAAAUGCGACCUCUAAUGAAUCCACCAAAGUACAAACGGGCUCGAUUCUAUUAUCCAUUGGAAAAGUUUAUCUACCAUACAUUUUUUGCUUUUUUGGUUGAUUUUAUCAUCUCAUUAUUUGGCUACAAGAAAUUCCUUUCUCGUCAAGCUAAACGGCUGAAUAAGGGCUUGGACUUGGUCGUUUUUUUCACUACCCAUGAUUUUAAAAUUAAAACGGACAAUUACUUGGAAUUAGUUGAAUCUUUGUCACCAAAAGACUCAAAGAUUUUUAAUUGUGAUUUGAGGAAAUUGAAUUACACUGAUUAUCUAAUUGAUUGUACCAAAGGUUUUAGGAAAUUUUUCCUAAAAGAAGACGAGAAAGACCUUCCCAGUGCAAGAAGACAAGUAAUGAUUGUUUGUGGAGUUUAUCGAUUGUUUCAAUUAAUUUUUCUCGGAAUAAUUGGCAAAUAUCUUCUAUCAUUUGGUUAUCAUCUACUAAGCACAUAAUUAAAAUUACAAUUUAAUCACAAAUUAAUCGACUGAUUAACUUUUAAUUGUUUUCGAUUUCAACAUGACUGAUCUAUGGUUCUACCUGUUGAUGAACAAUUAACAUUUUAUAUAAUCGAUUUUCUAAAUUUAAUCAGCACAUUUAUCAAAAAUUUCAAAUUUCUUUAUAUUCUACAAUUAAAUUGUAUCAAUUUGUUUCCAAAGUCUUUCACAAUUAGUUUUAAUACAGGAAAAUUCAGACAAUUUGUUGGUUUUCGUUUCACGAUUACUCAAAAACUACUUGACCGAACGGGUCCAUAUUUCGUCUAUGGAAGUUUGACCGAUACUCAAUUUUCAUAUUUCAAGGUCAAGGUCAUAAAGGUUAUUCAGAAAAGAGCACACUUGAAGGUCAUUUGAAGAACUUUUGAAAACUAGAAAUUUUUUCAAGCCUGUGAAGUCAAAGCUUAAUAAUAUCAUAGAGCAACGUUGGUAUCGUGAUAAAACAAAAUCAGCUGUAGAUAACUUUUUACAGAAAGCAAAUUGAACCAAAUGACCUUCAAGUGCGUUCUUUUUUGAAUAACCUUUAUGACCUUGACCUUGAAAUAUGACAAUUGAGUAUCGGUCAAACUUCCAUAGACGAAAUAUGGACUCGUAGUUAAUCAAUUGUUUUGAAAGUUUCGAAACUCAAAAAAUUGUAUAAAAACUGGAAAAAAAGAAAAUACUUUAUAAUAAAGAAAAAUUUUCACUCUCAA